AGAUAUUGAUUGAGCAGAACAUUCGAUACCAGCAAUGGCGAGAAUAGUGCAGGGUAUCGGAAGUGAGAGUGCGAGCGAUGAUGAUGAGUUUCCUAGUGUGCAGGAGUUGGUUGCGACGCGUGGUGAGGGGAAGAGAGCACAAGCUUCAAAAUCAUCGAGGGUGAGGGUGGGCGAUGACGAGAAAAGAGAAACGAGAGUGAGGAGCCCGAUGAAGAAAAAAUUGAGGAAGGAUGAGGUAAUGAAGGUGGUCGAAGAGGCAAGGGAAGGUGAAGUUCCAAAGGCAAAGGCGAGGAAACGCGUCUUGAAUCAGAGGUCUGAUAACCCUUUGUUGAGACCGUUUGAUUGCGCGUCUUCUGAGCUGCUUGGGGAGGGAUCGAGGAGGAAGGGGAAAGUUCUGGGUGUGAAACCAGGGAAGGCAGUGGUUAAGAAAGUUGAUGAGGUUCCGUUGGAGGAGUCUCAUAAUGAGGAUAAAGGAAGAAAGGAACGACGAGAUGAGGACGUUAAGGAAGACCAAACGAUUGAACCGAGCGGUGGAAAUGUUAUGAAAUCUAUCGAAACGGACUAUGAUUCUAUGAGUCAAGCCAGAAGGAAGAAGAAUCAGCGCAGGACGGAAAAGAGCAAGCAAGUCAGACAGGCUUCAGAAAAGGAGAUAAGCGAGGACAAAGUAUCCGAAACGACUCUGCCGGCAGUAAUGAAAUCCAUCGAGUCUGAGGAUGAGGACGCCAACCAAGCCAGAAAGACGGCAAGAGGCAAGAUAGUCAGGAAGGCUUCCGAGAAAACGCGGGCAACUCCUCCUCUAAAGGUCGAGUCCGAGAAAGAGGAUUUCGGGCUUGACUCUGACGGAUUAUCGGAUUUCAUUGUUGAUGACAGUACCUUUCUGGAGGAGGAAGAUACAGUGAUCGAAGAACCUGCUCCAAGAUCUGUCAGAAGAUUGGUGAAAGGAAGAAACCCCAAUAGAGUUCAAGUGUCUGACGAUGAGGGCUUGGAUCUGCGGAUGGGAAAGCUGAAGGUGGAAGACGAUGCAUCUAGUACCCUGGACAAAGCUUUGAAAGAGUUGAAUCUUGAAGAUUCCGACGACGAGGAUCUUCUGGAAACUAAGACAAAAAAGUGCCCAAAGGAUAUUCGAUUUAAAAUACCCAGACAGCCCAAGAAUGUUGAAGCAGCACCGGCCAGCUCUGAUUUUGAAGACCCAUUCACCCUGCGAUACUCCCCUUCCAUGAACAAACCAAUAAACGUCCCCAAAGAGACUCGUUUUGCAACACCACCAGGAAGUCCUGAGCUCAAACCAAAAGGUCUGGUCUCACCCAAGAAGAAAAUUCCUCGAAUCCCUUCAACUCCUCAUCGACCAAGCAUGGAUAGUUUCUGGCAGCAAGACAUCGUCAACGACUGGAAUGACGAGUACUCCCCACGCAAAGUUAUCUGCCCUCAGCCAUAUUUCAAUGCUGAUGGCUCUAUCCCCAUUGAUCCUGUCCUCCUCUCCCCCAGAAAAUCGCCAGUCAAGCAAGAUCGAAUCACCAAGGAAGCCAAGAAAUCCUUUGCCCAGACAAAACACGCCUUAGCAGAAGCGUUCCUGCUCGAGCUCGACACCAAGGUCACCAACGGCGAGAUAUCCAGACUAGCAGGAGCAACCGGAGGAGUAAAGAUAAUCUGGAGCAAGAAGCUCAACUCAACCGCAGGCCGAGCAAACUGGAAACGCGAAACCGUGAAAUCCAACUUCAACCCCCACCUCCCACACUACCGACACCACGCCUCCAUCGAACUCGCAGAGAAAGUAAUUGAUGAGGAAAACCGUCUGCUCAACACCAUUGCUCACGAGUUCUGCCAUCUCACGACUUUCAUGAUUGAUAACAUGAAGACGAAUCCACAUGGCAAAGAGUUCAAAGCCUGGGGUGCGAAGGUCACACGCAUGUUCGCUCAUCGAGGAAUCGAAGUGACGACUAAGCACUCUUAUGAGAUCGACUACAAAUACGUCUGGGAGUGUGAGAACUGUGGCAUGAAUUUCAAGAGACACAGUAAAAGCAUUGAUCCUGAGCGCCAACGCUGUGGUACUUGCAAGAGCAGGUUAUUUCAGACGAAGCCGGUCCCGCGGGUGGGAAAAGAGAAUGGAGGCAAGGAGAAGGGAUUGGGAGAAUAUCAGAUGUUUGUUAAGGAGAAUAUGAGCAGGGUCAAGCAGGAAAAUCCAGGAAGCCCGCAGAAGGAGAUUAUGAGCUUGGUGGGCAAGAAAUAUCAAGAGUAUAAGGCUUCUAAAUUGAACGGGGCAAUGACUGCGGUUGAGAUGGUUGAUAUUGUGGCGUAUGUGGAGAGCCGACAGAUUACGCCUGGGCAGGAGAGAGCUGCUUUUGUUUCGAGGAAGCUUGAUUUCCUGGAUUUGACGAGGGAAUAAGCUGAUGGUUGGCAUGACGUAUCUGGAGUACAACAUCUCAAAACUGAACGGGGGCUUGUCUGUGAUGGAGAUGGUUGAUCUUGUGGAGGAAAUAGAGCGGUUCGAGCAAGAGUGAGCCGCAUUUGUUCUUGACGAAGCUUACUUCCUUGACUUGGCAAGGGAAAGAAUGUGCAUAGGAAGGCGUAUCAAAUUGAAUGGCAUUUCAGCCGAUUUCGGAGAUAAACAUGUUCAUAGCGAUUACUGUCAAGAUUCACUGUGCGGGGUAGUCACUGUGUCGAGUGUUCACCAAGAAUUGUGAGAUAG